GGAAGCUCUUUCUUUAACACCCUCUUAUACUGAUCAAACAGGGAACAAAAAUUAGCCUUGAUUAAUGCUGCCACACCCUGUAGUCAUAGCCUCUGUUCGGCAGAAGAGCGCAAAAUACAAAUAUACAAAAGCAAUAACGUAAUAAUGACCUUGCCGCAUUAACAGUGUUAUUGUCAAUAUAUAUAUAAGAAAAAAACGCGGCCCGUAUGAUUUCAAUUAUGUAAAACAGGAAGAAAUUUUGUGUGUGGCGGUUUUAUAAAGCCACGCGAAAUGGAAAUAUUCUACUUCUCUUUUCAGCCUCACCAAAUUAGUUCAGUUUUUCAUUUGCUCUCACUUGUUCACCUCGCUCGUUGUUCCGGUUCAUCUAUUUAAAUGUCGGACACGGUUUACUCUGUGAUAAACCUUAACAACGUAAGUCCCAACGAUCGUGUAAAGCCACGAGAAGAUGUUAUCUAUUCUGAAGUAAAAAUCUCUGACUGCUCCCAUGGACAAAAAGUUUCGUCAGACAAUUUGAAGACAGAAACCACAGGAUCCAGCCCCCCUUCUCGCAGAUGGAGUACAAUAUGCCUAGGGCUGCUGUGUCUUCUCCUGGUCAUUUCCAUAAUAAUUCUGGUUGUCUAUUUGAUGGGAGUUAAGCCAAAAGAGCUUAACAAAGACUACAGCAUCCUGGUUGACAAGUGGAACCAGUUAACGCAAAACUACAGCGUCCUGGUUAAGGAGAAGGAGCAGCUUCUCCUCGAACGUAACACCACGAUUCGCCUGCAGGAACAAAAUGAACAACUACAGAAAGAUUUCAACAUCACAGUUAAGAACAUGACACAUCUACAAGAAGGAAACAAGCAGCUGCAGAAAGAUUAUGUGACAUUACAGGACAUGAAGAAUAAGUUGGUCAAAGAGAAGAAUAAUUAUCAGCAACAAUGCAGCAGUUUGCAAAAGGAUAAGGAUGAAAUACAAAAAAACUAUGAUGCUCUGUUAAGUAAAUUACCCCUCGUUCAGAAGUACUGUCACCCCACUGAAAACGGGCGAGUCUGCGAUCCCUGUCCUCAGGGCUGGGAGGAGCACAAGGCCAAGUGUUACUAUUUCUCUACAAGUCAAACGACCUGGAAUGAAAGUCAGAAUAACUGCCGUAAGGAGGCGGCUCACUUGGUGAUUGUAAACAGCGAAGAGGAGCAGAACUUCAUUACCAAAGGGGGAAACAGCAGUCACUGGAUUGGACUGACUGGCAGUGCGGAGAAGAAAGUUUGGCGCUGGGUGGACGACACUGAUCUGAAGCAGGGAUUCUGGUUAUAUUGGGAGCCGAAUAAUAAGGACCAGCAGUUAGCAGGCAAAACAGCAAACUGUGUCAUUAAUAGCAAAGGAUGGAUGGAUGAACCCUGUGAUGAUCAGUAUCAAUGGAUCUGUGAGACUCAGACUCUGCUCCCCAAACCACUUCAUAUCUGAUUAAUCAUUUACUUUGAAGCAACUAAUAAUAAAUGGCCAAAAUGUAUUUAUAAAUUACAUUAUAAAUAUAAAUAUAAAUUUUAAAUAACAUCUUCAUUAGUAAAUAAGCUAAAUCUGCAACUUGUUAAAAUCCCAGGUUAAGUGUAAAUAACAUUACAUUUUUCCCUUUUUCAUAGUCACCUGUAAAUUGCUGAGUCUAUGGUGGUAAUUAGAAUAAUAAAAUGUUUCUCCUGCUAACUGUGACUGGACGGACAUCUGAUAUACAGCCACCAAUGGCAAUACUCUUGGUAAAAUGCACCAAAUACUGAUGCAUCAAUGUAUCGCACUGCUGCUUAUGAGAGAUAUUUGCAUGAAGUCAUGUUGCAAAACACUGGAGACCGUGAUCAUCCAGUAACUAGAAAUUUGCUUUAAGCUCAUUUAAAUAUAACACAAUGUGCUUCAAGUGAAUGAUGCCCGUAACAAUUCUGAAACAUAUGCUGACAGUAUUAUUGAAAAAAUAGAAAAAUAAAAAGCUCUUUAUAUUUUUAAAGAAAAACUGUAAUUUACCUACUUUUAAUUUGAAUACUUUUUCUAAAAUUGAUUUUGUAUUAGUAUUUUCCUUCAUUUGUUAUUCAGUAGUAAAUUGAAAUGUGACACACUGUGAGUGGAAAUUGACUGUAAACACUGUAAAAGAUUAUGUACAGGUUUUGAAUUUUUAAUACAAAUGGUGCGAUCAAA